AUGGUAUGGUUGACCGCCACGUUGCCCCCAAGCAUGGAGGAUGAAUUAUGCCGGCGGAUGAAGCAUAAUCGGGCCGCCAUGACCAUAUACCGGUCCCAGACCAGCCGCCCGAACGUGGGAUACCGGGUAUGGCGGCUGGACAUGACCGGGGUGGGCCGGGGGCCGUAUCAGUGGAUUAAGAGCGAGGCGGUGGUGGCAUUCAUUCAGGACCGCAUCCGACAGGCCGCUGGGGGGAAGGUGAUCAUAUAUGCGAAUAUCAUCAGGCAGGUGACGGCCAUGGCGCGGGUGCUUAGGUGUGAGGCGUAUUACAGUGAGCAGUUGGACAAGGCUGGGGUGCUGGCGCGGUUCAUGGGGGCCAGCCCAGUGAUCGCCGCCACCAGCGCGUUAGGCAUGGGGGUGGACAUCCCCAAUAUCCGCAGUAUCAUCCAUAUUGGGACCCCCCGGACGUUACUGGAUUACGCGCAGGAGAGUGGCCGGGCUGGGCGAGAUGGACAGCGCAGUGAGGCAAUCAUUAUCCAGCCAGCUGGGUGGGAUGCCCCAGCUCCAUGGAUGGAGGGCGUCGCCCCCAAGGACCAGGAGCAGGUUGCUGAGUAUAUGGGGAUGGUGGAAGGCAUUGGGUGCCGCCGGGUUGUGUUAGAUCAGUAUUUAGACGGAGUGGUGGACGGGUAUCAGCAGCGGUAUUACCAGGAUGCGGAUGCCGGGGAGCAGGCAUGUGACAGGUGUGAUCCCGAUUGGGAGGGGCGGGAGGUGGAUCCAGCCAGGGUAGGUAGUAGCCCCGUGCUGGCGAGGGAGGCAGUGAAUGAGCCAGGCAGUAAGCAAGGCAGGCAGUGA